UGGUAUCAGAGCGGUUUGGUUCUCGGAAUGUCUACAGACCGUGUCUCGUAGAGUCUUGUUUAUCGGUGUGUUGUGCACCGCAUCUAUAAACAGGAGGCUGCAGGACAUUUAGGGUGUUUCCUUCCUUUGAAUCUUAGAUCGUGCGAUAGAGUUAUGCUAUUAGGAUGAUUCUGUUCUGAUCCGUUGUUGCUUUUCUUUCAGUGAUGCCUCCGAAAAAGGCGACGGCCGCCCAGAAGAAAAAGGGCGUGGUAGGAGAGACCAGUCGGGCUCAGAAGGGUACUCGGACCCUUGCUCAGAUGAUGCGUGAUAUUGCGUCCCAGCCAGCAGACUCUACUACGUCUUCAUCAUCAGAGGAGUCUGGAGCACCAGUCGCUGCCACUAGGGGUCGGGGGGCGGCUACACCAUUAGCUCCAGAGGCUCCAACGGCCGCGCCUCCAGUUCCCCAGCCAGGGGCAGAUGAUGGUACCCUGCGAGAGGCAGUUCAGCUAUUGACUCGACUGGUAGCGGGGCAGGCUCGCAGACGCGGGCGGAGGGAUGAUGAUGAUGACAGGCGUGACAGCCUGAGGGUUCGAGAGUUCCUAUUUUGUGGCCCCCCAGAGUUUUUUGGGUCUAAGCCCGACGAGGACCCCCAUGACUUUAUUCGGGGGAUGCGGCGCUCACUAGACUUGGUCAGGGCUUCAGAGACUGAGUCUGUUGAGUUGGCCUCGCACAGACUACGGGAUGUUGCUGCUCACUGGUUUGAGUCCUGGGAGCUAUCCAGGGGUGAGGGUGCUGCCCCAGCUACUUGGGACGAGUUCGUGGCUGCGUUUACCCGCCACUUUUUGCCCCCAGAGUUACGGCGGGCGCAGGUUGAUCGAUUUUUGCAUCUGCAGCAGAGGGGUCGGAGCGUUCGUGAGUAUAAUUUGGAGUUUGAUUCUCUGGCCCGGUAUGCACCUGCCAUAGUAGCAGACAUGGCCGAUCGGAUGCACAGAUACGUGAUGGGGUUAGACCGUUAUUUGAUUGAUGGCUGUAUGGCGGUGGCAUUGCAGACAGAUAUGGAUAUCGCCCGACUACAGGCCUAUGCUCUGGGUAUGGAGGACCGACACAGGGACGAUUAUUCCAGCAGAGAUCGGGACAGGAGGCCGCCCAAGAGGGCCAGGUCUGCAGGAUAUUCUGGAGAUUCCCGAGGCAGACAGCCUCAGCCGCAGCAGCAGUCUAGCUGGCAUUCUUCCCAGCCGGCACAGAGCACACCUCCGCAGUUCUCAGGCAGGAGAUUUGAUAGCCCAGGGUAUUUAGGAGCAGGCCAGAGCUCCGGAGUUUCAGGUUCGCGGGUAGACAGGAGUUCCGGUCAGACGAGGCCACCCAGGCCUCAGUGUUCUUAUUGUGGGAGAUACCACCCUGGAGAGUGCUACCGUGCUACAGGUGCUUGUUAUUCUUGUGGCCGCCAGGGCCAUACUGUAAGAGAGUGCCCGUAUAAGGGUAAUUUGGGAGGUGCAGCGCAGCCUACCGGGUCAGUCGCUGGGUCAUCGUCUCCUUCGAUAGCCAUGCGCCCUGCGGGGCAGGGUACGUCGACAUCAGCAGGCCGCGGCAGAGGUCGUGGCGGAGCUCCCAGUUCAAGCGGUCCUUCGAACCGCAUCUAUGCCUUGACUAGUCGACAGGACCCGAAGGCGCUACCAAACACGGAUACAGGUAUACUAAUGUCUUUUUUCGAAAUAUAAGUGUAUUGACAGGUCUAGCCUCUACUUUGUGAUAUAUUUUCCCCAAAAUGCUUACAAGAUCCUAUAAGAUUAAUUUGACAUUCGAGGACGAAUGUUCUAAAGGGGGGGAGGAUGUUAUACCCCGUACAUUUAUAUGACGAAUUAUCCGCAAGAAAAUCGACUCAAGUUAAAGGCGGAAUUAUUUUCGGAUACGAAAUAGAAAUCGUUAAUUUUCAAUUUUAAUUAAAACAUAAAUUGUGUAUGAAUUUUAUUGGUAUAAAGAUAUUAUUGGAGAUUAGGGGUAAAUUAACUAUGAUUAGAUUAUUAAGUGGGAUUAAAAUUUAAAUCACUUCAUUAAUUAAUUAAGCUUAAAGGGCCAUGUGGGCCCCACCCAAAAAAAAAAAAAAAAAAAAAAAAGGGGAAUCAAAUCUGAAAAUUUACAAGACAAGGUGGAAUAUUGAAUCAUUAAGUGGGGGUGUACGUGUAACAUGGUGGGAAACCAUAUACAUAGAAUAAGGCAAAGUGCAAAUGGCAUUUUCCAAUGCAUUUGUUGGAUAUCAACUUUCAAGAACAAGAAAGCAUAUGCAUGACUUCUCACGGCCAGAUUGAGGUUUUAAAAAAAAAAAAAAAAAAAUCAGUUUGUAGCUUAAUAAAAUUCUAAGGAGAAGACAAGGAGAUAGAGGUGGAAAAGCAAGAACAAGUAUAAAGAUUUAAGACACAAAUUGGGGUCAAGUAUCCAAGGUAAGAAUUGGUUAUUUCUUUUACAUUUAGAAUGAGUUGGAUGCAUUGUGAAUAUGUAUAAAAUGGUGCAUGUUGGUAUUGAAUGUUGUUGAAAUUUAAAGUUAGCCGUGUGAAGGGCUUAUGUGAAGUAAUGUUUGAAUUUCUUGUACAUGUAUUAAGGAUGGUUUGAAUGAUGUAGUGUGUUUGAAAGGAAUGAAAAUUAUGGAAUUUUGUAUGUGGUUGUGUUGAAGCCGUGUAGGAGUUGAUUUAAGGAGUUAAUGGACUGUUUUAUGUGAUUUUUAUAUAAUUUUUAUGCAAUUAUGAAAGUAAGAUGCUAAAUGUGAACUAUGGUUGUUAUUAAUGAAUUUGGAAGGAAAACAAUGCGAUUUGGUAGUUUCGUUGCAAUUGUAGAAGUUUCGAAUGGAAUAUGGAAAUGGGCGGAAUGGUUCGAACCCUUGGAUAUUGUUUAAAAUGUUAUUGAAAUAUGUUUGGGUAAUCUUGAGUUAGUUAAUGAAUAUGGAAAAAUGUUGAUAUUAGUUGGAGGGUGUGAAGUUAGAAUGGAAGAGUUACAUUAUGUGGAAAGGAAGGGAAAUUUUUUGGAUUGUUGGAAAUGUUGUAUGAAUUGCUUAGAAUGUCUUUAAGUAUUGUUGGUAUGGAUUCGGGUUAGUAUUUAAAUAUAUAAGCAUCGAUGUUGGCUUGAAGGUAAGUCGUCGAGUUGAAUUUAUGAAAGUUGUUGAAUGAUGUAAAAGAGAGUUACUAUUAUUAUUUUGCCUUUCGAAUUGGUUAUCAAUGUUACUAGGUUGGUUAUUGUGGUUGUUGUUGUUGAUUUUGAGCGAGAUAAAUUCUCGGGAUGGCCUAUUUACAGGGGAAGUGCUGCCGAAUUUUCUGUAGAAUUUAAUGAUUAGUUUGGAAUGAAUGGCUUAAGUGCCCUUAGCUAAUGAUUGGUAUUCGUUGGCGUAAUUGUAGACCUUGGGGAGCCCGAGGCGUAGAUUUGGAUUAGCUUUAGAUUGGUUAUCUUGGAAGUGCGUUCGAGGUACAUACGACAGGUUCGCUGAUCCGCCCGCUUAGGAUCUUAUUCUGCUAUUCUGAGGCGCUCUCUUAUCCGGAGCCUAUAUUUUUGGUACAGUCUCCUGCUAUUGUAUAAAUGUACGUCACUCAGGGGUACGACGGGGCCCUGUCCCGUCAUAUGAUUCUGUCGGUCUGUUUAGAGGUCUGUGGACAUGUUUGUGGGUUAGGGUCUUUCUGUACAAAUGCGUGUAUAUGUUGUGUUUGGGCGAUCUCAUUCGCCGCGGCGGCCGGUCCGCAUAUGUUUAAAUGUUGCUUCGUUGGCCCUGUGUGGUCUUUUGUUGGUAUUUUCUGUGCGCAGGGUUAUUUUGGAUAGCCUGUAAAACAAAGGAAACUCUGCCGAAAUUUUUCUGGAAAUUAUCUAACUUUGAAAUAUAGCCUUGUCGGCUUCCGCUAUAUACUUGAAUGCGUUUGAUAAAAUUUGAGAUAGCAUUUGAUAGAUGUGUUCGGGUGCUCAGAUCGGGCACUAGUCACGGCCUAUGGG